UUAAAGAUCAUGUGUAGUUUAUUUAUAUUGUUGUAACUGAUUACACAUUAUUUUCAUUAGUUAAAUCACAAACAUGAAGAAAUUAAAGCUUAAAGAACUGGAAAGCUGCCUUCAACAAGUCGAUACUUUUGAAAGUCCAAAGCUACUCCUUGAACAGUAUGCAACAAGACCUCAUAUUGCAGCAUGUAUGCUUUAUACAAUUCACAAUACUUUUGAUGAUAUUGAAAACAAAACAAUUGCAGAUUUAGGAUGUGGUUGUGGCAUGCUCAGCAUUGGAAGUGCAAUGUUAGGAGCAGGAUUCUGUGUGGGGUUUGACAUAGAUGCAGAUGCACUGGAAAUAUUUAAUAGUAAUAUUGAGGACUUUGAGCUUACGAAUGUCAACAUGGUUCAGUGUGACAUCUGUUCUUUAUCUGAGAGCAUGUCAGAUACUUUUGACACAGUUAUUAUGAACCCUCCCUUUGGUACCAAGCAUAACAAAGGAAUUGAUAUGAUUUUUCUGAAAACUGCUCUACAAAUGGCAAAAACAGCUGUAUAUUCCCUUCACAAAACUUCAACACGGCAGCACAUUCAAAAGAAAGCAGCAGAAUGGGAAGUGAAGAUGGAAGUCUUAGCAGAACUUAGGUUUGAUUUACCAGCAUCGUACAAGUUCCAUAAGAAGAAAUCAUUGUGGAAAGAAUCAAGUACAAGACUCUUAAGGCAGAUCCUGUCCGGAGGACAGAAAUGCUACAAAGCAGAGCCAAAUCUGAAACAUGAAAGAAACAUGAGUACAUGGAGCUACUCUCUGUAAAAAAUAAGCUGCAUCAAGUGCACAGAACGACAUACCUGUUUU